AUGCUGUGGAGAGUUGCAUUGUUGACGUUGGCAGCCCUGCUGCUGACAGCUGGGAAGCCCCGGCACUUUGAUUCACACACCGUGUACCGCGUUUUGCCCACCAAGGAGCUCCACGUACAGUUCCUCAAUGAGUUCGCCGACGAGCACCUCCACGACAUUUUGUUCUGGGAGGAUGCGAACGUCGCCAACAAGUCGGCAGACGUGAUGGUAACGCCGAGAAUGCAGAGCAGCUUCGUAAAGGCACUCAAGGAGAAGAGCAUCACAUAUUCUGUCUUCAUAGAAGAUGUUCAAAAGCUUAUUGACAAGCAACUUCCGGACAACGUAUCGAUGGGACCCUUUGGUUGGGACGUCUACCACACCCUCCACGAUGUACACGCGUGGCUUAAUUCUCUUCCUGCGUCCUACCCCGGCAUCGUCACGACGGUUCGGGCUGGCUUCAGCUUCGAACGUCUCGAAAUCCUCGGUGUUAAGAUUUCGUACGGCACCGGCCGCCCCAUAGCUGUCAUCGAGGGAACCAUACACGCGAGGGAGUGGAUCAGCACGGCCAGCGUGACGUGGUUCAUCAACGAGAUCCUCAGCUCGACCGAUGCCAGAGUGAGAAGCAUCAUUGAUCAGUUCGACUUCUACAUCUUCCCUGUCACCAACCCCGAUGGAUACGAGUACUCUUGGACGGAUGAUCGCAUGUGGCGCAAAACGCGUCGGCCAAACGGGCCGUGCUUUGGCACCGACGGUAAUCGAAACUGGGAUCAUCGCUGGUCAGAAGGGGGAGCCAGCAGCGACCAAUGUCGUGAGGACUACGCUGGACCGAAGGCGUUCUCUGAGUGUGAGACAAAGGCCAUGUCAGAGUUCCUGACCAGCCUGGGCAGCGACCUACAAGUCUACCUGAGCUUCCACAACUACAGGCAGCUCCUCAUCUAUCCCUACGGUUCAUCUCACGAAGUCGCCGACAACGCCGCUGAACUGCACAAAAUGGCUGAGAAAGCAGUCAAAGCUUUGGAAUCCAGAUACGGCACCCAUUAUGGCUUUGGCAGCGUUGCGGAUGCAAUCUACCCUGCGACUGGCGGCAGCAUCGACUGGGUGAAGGGCAAGCUGGGCGUGCCCUACGUUUUCCUGUGGGAGCUGAGGGACAAGGGUCAGUAUGGCUUCCUGCUGCCCCCGGACCAGAUCAUCCCCACCAGCGAGGAGACCUUCUACAGCGUCCUGUCCAUCCUCGAGGACGUGUGGGACGCUCUCCGCUGUUAG